UAAGUUGUUUACUGAGUAGUUUGUCGUUGCGAUGCCCGAAGCUUUCAAAACUUCCUUCCCACUGUUGUAGAAACGUGAAUCAUCAGUUUAAGAAAUGCUUUUUCGCGUAGUUAGCUAUUGGAUAAAGAGUUUAGUCAUCAUGAUAAUGAUUCAUACCAAAUAACAUGUAACUUAUUUUUACUGUGCUUUGCAGAAAUUCUUCCAAUGUCGAGAAAUUCAUUGCAGGUUUAAAAAAUGGAUACUGUAAAGCAGAAUGGCUCCUCUCUGCAGAAAGACUGCAGAGAUUUCAAUGAAAAAGAUCAAGAGGAAAUAACAGGAAGAAUCAAAGUUCUGGUUCAUCAAGAUGCCUUAGAUAUACCAGAAGAAGUGCAAAAAAAAGAUGUCUCUCACAUUGAAAGACCCCAUUUAUUUUCAGAUAUAAAGCUAGUGACUAAAAUAUGUCCUAGUGAAACUAUAGAACCAGAUGACAUCAUUACUCCUCUGAGUGAAGAAUCAAGUCCAACUGCUACGGGUCAGCACUGGGAAGACAAACCUUCUGUUGAAAUCAAUGAUGCAGAUUUAGAUAGCUGUUUUGGGAAAUUAUUUCCUUGUUGUGGAAAUCUUGUUGAUCCUAACAGUAUUACAUGUGGAAGAUUUUUAGGACUUCUUAUCUCCUUUCUUUUCUAUGUUUGCAAUAUUGCAUCAGAUAUUGCAGUGUGCUAUUACCUUUUUUUACAUGGUAAUAUGCUAUGGUUUGCCCUUGCUGCAGCAUUUACUAUAAUUCCAACUGUAAUACUCAACAGUAUUAGUUAUCAUCUAAGUAUUAACAAAAUGCUUGUGAAACGAUCUAUUUGGAACCAGGCUGAAUCUUGCAUUGUAUCAGUAUUAAUUGCACUUUUACACUUAUCACAAUUUGGAAUUUUUGCAAGGUACUUGAGCUACAUUUUUCUCCUAUGAGUUGGAAUAUUUGUGGGUGAUAUUUUGCCCAAAUGAAAAGCGUAAAGAUUUUGACCAUCAUAGUGGCCGAUAUGUGGAGUUGCCUUAUCUUCCUUAUCUCUUCAUGGUUG